AUGGAAUGUGUGAAACGGUUCAACAAUUAUAUUUACCACACAUAUCCACAAGUAUACUUUAAUACAUUAGACCAUUGUUAUUAUCAAUUUGUUGAAGUUAAAAAAGAAGAGUUUAAUAAAGAAAGAAUAGAAAUAAUAGAAAAAUGUAAUUCACCAUAUCUAAGAUGUUAUAUGAAUGAAAGUAAUAAAGAAAUCAUUUCAAUAAGAUUUUCAUUAAUUAAAGCAAAACAAAGUAUUAAAGAAUUUUGUGAAGAAACAAAAGUUAAUGGAGAAAUUAUAUGUAAAAUAUUUCUAGAAUUAAUUGAUGCAAUAGUGAUACUUCAUAAAAAUGGGAGUUUUCAUGGGAAUUUAAAUGAAGAAACAAUAUUUAUUGACAAUAAAGAAUAUAAUAUAUCAAUAGGAUCAAUAGGAUGUUUAAAUGGAGAAUAUAAAAAAGAAGAAAUGAUGAAAAAAGAUUAUGAAGAUAUUGGAAUUGUAAUGAUAAAAAUUAUAAGUAAAGAAUUUGAAAGAAAAAAAGGAGAAGAAAUAAUAAAAGAAAUAAAAGAAAAAAAGAAAGAAAGGAUAGAAUGGGUUACAAAAAAUAGUAAUGAAUUAUUUACUAGUUUUUUUAUGACGUAUUUAAAUGAAAGUUCAGGAUCUAAAGAAGUUAUUAAAAAGUGGAUAAGUUUACAAGAAAUAAUAAGUAAUAAAGAAGAAUGGAUAGAAGUAAUAUUAGGAGAAUAUAUUGAAUAUUAUUAUAAUAAAUCAUUAAAAGAUAAACAAAUUGAAGAAUAUGUUCAUAUGUUACAACCAUUUUUAUUAGACAAUUUAAGAUAUAAUAUCAAAAGUCCAAAUCCAACAAGUAAUUCACAAAUAAUAUUUAUUGAUAGUCAUUGUAAUAUAAUAAAUUUAAAUCAAUUAAUGUUAACUAGAAAUUCAUUUGAAUUUAUAACAACGAGAAAUAAUACAAUUAUUAAAUAUAAUCUUUCAAAUAAAGAAGAAAAUGAAGCAUUUGCAAAAUUUAUUAAAACACAAACAAGAAAUGAAGUUAUUAAUCAAGAAAUUAUUUUACCAAACACUAUAAAUGAUAAUUUAGAAAUUAUUCAUUUUUCAAAACCAUUAAUUGAAAUUAAAUUAUAUUGCGAUAAUCCAUUUAAACUUCUUUAUGUUGCAAAUCAACUAAGAUCAUGUGGACAUAUUGUUAAAUGUCAAAGAGGAACUGAUGAUCGACUAAGUCAAGAUGAACGUUCAUGGCAUAUUUCAAUUUUAAAUGAACAUCAACCAAUGGGAAAACAAAAUGGAGAAAUAAAUAUUAGUGUUAGAACAGUUACAGGUGAUUUUAUUUAUGAAUUAAAUGAUUUUAUUAAAUUAAUUACUAUGAAACCAGUACAGUUUCAUAGUACCACUUCACUGAUUUGGGGAGAGUCAAUUCGGAAAUUAUUAUGUCAUAAAAUAAAACCAAAAAUAAGAGAGACAUCACCUACACAAGCAAGUAUUGUCACAAUACCAAAAGAAACAAUUUGUGAUGAAGUAAUAAGAGUUAAAUCAUGUCAAAUUUUGAAUUAA